CUUGAGCCAUAGAUCUGCACAGUGAGCAGUUCCAUCGCCGCACGAGUCAUCCAUAUUGAAGGACUCUGCCUCUAUCCUCUCGUUUUUUACUCUUCCCAGUUUUCCGAAAGUCCUCCAACAUGACUAAAAGAAGCGAAAACGCACGACAGGCCGCGGCAGCAUCAUAGACACCACAGACAAGAGCAAAGCGGACUGUUUCGACUAAAAAUCCUCCCGCCGCGGCUGUCCUCGAACCCACCGCCACGGAGGUCCCAGAGCCCACGCUUCAGACAGUGGUGCAGCAGCAAAAGAAGCAGCAAGAGCAAAUCGAUAAACUGAUCACGAUCAUGGAGCGGCAGGUCUUACCUCCAACAUCAGACCCGGCGCCAGGCUUACCAGCGCCCCCGCCACCGGGGCCAUCGACAACCUCGCCGCCAGGCCCAUCGGUGCCGCCGCCGCCGCCGCCGCCGCCGCCACCGCAGCUGCAAAUCCAGAUCGGCGACGAUCUCGGCCGAAUCGUACACCAAUCCGGGAACCACGCCGUGGAGGUUACCCGUAAACGGAAGCGCGAACCGAAAAGAGCACCACAGAUUCCGAACGCUCGCACCAUCAGCGCUGGAGCAACCGGAUCCGUGCCCGGAUAUCUUCCCGCAGCUACUGGAAACGUACGGCGAACAGUCAACCUCGACCGGCUGCUAAGCGCCCACGUCUCCGAAUCUACAAGGAAGACGUACGACGCCGCAUUCAACCAGUUUGCAGCGUUCUGUAACCGCCGAUCGGUCAACUGCCUGCCGGCAAUACCGGACACCGUUGCCGAAUACGUCGCUCACUUGUUCACUAUAAAGAAAUCGUUCCGGACCGUUACUGUGUACCUCGCCGGCAUCCACAACCGCCAUCGCGAAGCGGACGUAAAACCACCCACAGAUCACGACCUCGUGGUGCGGGCACUGCAAGGCUACCGACGCCUGGCUGCCCCGCGCCCGGACACACGCCAGCCUGUAACCCUGCAGAUAUUGCGGCGUCUCAAACACAACCUUCGCCGAAUCGGAAUCUCCCCGUUCGAACAGUCGCUGCUAUGGGCCGUCUUCACCGUGCUGUACUUCGGUUUCUUACGUAUCGGCGAAGUGACUAGCCCACGGGAAAACCGAUACGACCCUCAGCACACUCUCAUGCGUGAAGACUUGACGGACUGCGGGAACCAAGUCGUCGUGCGCCUUAAGAUCACCAAGACCGACCAAACCGGGCAAGGCUGCACCGUAGCGCUGGCGGCGACCGGCCGCUCGGUCUGUCCCGUGCAGGCUUACCGGAAGUACCUUGCCCAUGCGCAGUUCAUGUUGCCGGCUGGAAGGAGCCCUCUCUUCGUUCACCAAGACGGCCGCUUCCUUACCAGGCGUUCAGUUGAGGCCUCACUUCACCGUCUCUUAGAGGGGCACCCGGAUCAGCACCGGAUUAACACGCACAGUUUCCGGAUCGGCGCCGCGACCACCGCUGCUAGCAACAACGUACCAGACCGCCUGAUCCAACGCGCUGGGAGAUGGAAAAGCAGCUGCUACGCACGCUACAUCCGCAAUGAAGGCCCAGUAGCAGUCAACCACUACCACGGCGGGUAG